AAUAUGGGCUCUUUCAGGCGCUUAAAAUGAUGUAUGAAGAGGAGGAAAUGGUGGGGGGUCUGUGAUUCUGUGAGCUAAAAAGUAAAGCUUUCAAGAAAAGAAAAACAGCACAAAUCCAGAGGAAAGGGUGAAGAAAAAAAGAUGGAUAGAGUCCAUUAAUGCUGUAUGCUGUACUGGGGUACCAGACAUACUCCAAAAGCAAGCGAAAUUUCGGAUCUUUUUUGGCUUUUGCCAUUAAAUUCAUCAAUUCCCUUUCUCAAGGUGCUUCUAGCGCUUUUAUUUCCACUUUGAUUUUGCAAUAAUUUCCCAAGAUCUGCAAAUUUAAGCCACCAAGCUUUCUUGAGUCACAGCUUCAAGAACCAAUCUGUGUGUGUUACGCAGAGAGAGAGAGAGAGAGAGAGAGAGAGAGAGAGAGCAAUCGGGGCAAGGCAUGGAGGUGGGUCAGAUGCAGAGAACAUGGGUUGAAUAUACAAAGUCCUUGUUUAGGGAGGGUUUUCUGGACGGUCAGUUUACACAGCUUCAGCUACUGCAAGAUGAGAGCAACCCAGAUUUUGUUGUUGAAGUGGUGUCUCUCUUCUUUGAAGAUUCUGAGAGGCUUCUUAAUGAUCUCACUAGAGCUUUAGAUCAGCAAAUUGUAGACUUCAAAAGGGUUGAUGCCCAUGUGCACCAGUUGAAGGGUAGCAGCUCCAGCAUAGGUGCACAGAGGGUUAAAAAUGCCUGCAUUGCUUUCCGCAACUUCUGUGAGGAGCAGAACUCUGAAGCGUGCUUGAAAUGCCUGCAACAAGUAAGGCAAGAGUAUUGUCUUGUGAAAAACAAGCUUGAAACUCUAAUCAGGCUGGAGCAACAAAUUGUGGCAGCUGGUGGGUCAAUUCCAAUUGAAGAAUUGAGUUUUCAAGGUUAUAAAGUGAAAUUGUGAGGAUCACUGUAGAGAAACUCUUUUUUUUUUUUUUUUUUGGUUUUGUGUCUCACUUGUCUUUCACCGUAAGGUUCUGUUUAAUUAAUGGGGUUUGUGCUUUGUAUGAGUUAUGUGAAGAUAAAGAUUCUCAUCUAUUGCCACUUCUCAUUAUGAUCUUCAAGAGAACCUUUCCUGUUUA